AAGAACUAUACUUUCCUGUUUAUCCGACAUUGUCGCAUACAACAGAAUUAACCAAGUAAAGUUAUGGACUCUUCGUAAAUUAAUUCUUCUGGAAAAUAUAAGAUGAUGUGGACGAAGACAAGAAGAAAAUCUCAAAAAAUAGAUUUUCUCACUGCUCCAUUUGAACAUUUAAUAAUACUUUGUUUAUUUAUUGUUAGCAUGAUUAUAUUUAAGUGUGAAUGUGCCGUCAAAUUUGAAGAUAUUCAAAAAGAAAUUAAAAUAACAGAAUGUGAGGCAUUGGGAUUUAAAGGUGCAACAAAGAAUGCAUGUGGUUAUUGUGUGGAAGGAGAAACAAAUUUACCAAAAGAUUAUGGAAAGGAUUGUAAAGGCAAAUGUGGAGGAAAUAGUAAAUUUGAUUGCAAUAAUGAUUGUGAAGGAACAGCAUACAUUGAUGAGUGUACCAAUGAAUGUGUGGGUGGAAAUACUGGAAAAAAUGAAGAUUUAAGUAAAAAAGAUUGUUCUCAUGCAUGUUUUGGUACUACUCCGUAUAGAGUAGAUAGGUGUGGACAUUGUGCUAUUGGUGGACAAAGUUCACCCUUUGAAGAUUGUGCAUCUAACUGUUAUCCUCCAAAUGAAUAUCAACAGAUGGCCAAAUAUGUCUGUGAUCAAUGUGUUGGUGGUAAAACAAAUAUGCCUGAGUAUGAAGUGAAAGAUAUGUGUGGAAAUUGUAAAAGAGAUCAAAUUCCAUGUCUCUGCAAUGGGUAA